CAAGAGUGCACAAAAAUUGCUUCACAGGGGAAACCAUCUUGGUGGUGUGCUAGCUCUGAACCCACGCGCCCUGAAGGAAAGCAUCUACACUUUUGAAGAUUUGCAUUUCCAUGAGUCAGGAGUCAUGAACAAGGAAGCUAACAGGAAAACGAUAGUACCUCACCCACCAGAUUCAAACAGCAGGAAGACAACUUUGCCAAAAAAUAAAUCUUGCCCAAACAUAUGUGCAACAAUGAAUCUGGAUAUGCAUCCAAAAGAAAACAGAAGGACUAUUCCUGUUGAUACCUAUAAUUUUAACAAAGAUUUGACAAUGAAAGGCAAGAGUGACUUACAGUCUUCUUCCAAGGCAUAUGAGGAGGAAGAAGGUGAUUAUGAGACUGUAAAUUCUUCCACUCUGGAGGCCAUUCAUGCUUUGAGAAUCCUUCCUGCCAAACCUAUACAAGAAUCCGAAUAUGCAGAUAAACGCUGUUUAAGGCCUUCGGGUACCACUUCCCCAGGGAACAGCCAGCACACAUCUCAGCCCCCUCAAUACUCAGCGAAACAUACAUCUGUUCUGGAGGAGAGGAGCAUGCCAAGCGUUAGAGGAGACAGAGUGAAAACACAUGGACUCCAGAACCCUGUGCCUCCCCCACGGCCUCUGAAGACACUGCCAAAGCAAUAUCAGCCACUUCCUCCAGAGCCGAAGAUAAGCAGCCAGUUCCCUCACACGAGGAAAACGCUCAGCCAAGCUCGUACCUUUCCAAUAUCAGCAAGAGUCACAAGACAUCUAUCUUUUAAGGAACUAAAUGAAGCACCUGGAACAGAACAAGUUACAGACUUGGGGAAGAAACCUGAAAUAUCUUUUCAAGCACAACAGUAUAAACCAAAGCAUCAUCCUGAAGCCAGCCUUCAAUGUACGCAGAGCUCUAAAAAUGUUUGCAGCUCAGGGUCCACAUUAAAUGUAGAGAAUUUGUCAGUCAAGAGGUCACCAUCUCCUACGCCGCACGCAGCAUGCAAAAACACAUCAAAACAUUCACUUGUAAAACGGGAAAUGCAAUCUCUUACCCAACCCACUGAAAAGGAUUUAAACAAAUACGAAUGGUACAUUGGAGAAUGUGAUCGCCAUGAAGCAGAAAAGGCACUGUUACAGGAAAACACUGAUGAGACUUUCUUGGUUAGAGACUGUUCAAAGAAAUCAAAUGCCGAACCAUAUGUUUUGGUUGUCUAUUAUGGAAGAAGGGUAUACAACAUUAAAGUACGUUUUCUGAAAGAGAGCCAACAAUAUGCGCUGGGAACAGGGCUCAGAGGAGAUGAUAAAUUUAAUUCUGUGAAAGAGAUCAUUGACUUCUACAAAUAUGUUCCCAUCACACUCAUUGACGGAAAGGAUAAAUCAGGAAUCCAGAGACAACAAUGCUACCUUACAUAUCCAUUCAAGUCCUACAAAAGAUGUUUUCCACCUUAAUGUCACUGAUUUGUUUGUAUAAAUAGAACAAUUAUUUAAAUGUCUCAAAAAUCAGAUUAGCCUUUGAGUGAGGAGCUCAUCCUAAUAUUACGAAGCAUUCUAAAUGCUCCACUAAAAAACUAUUCUCCAAGUGAGAAUACAGAUCAACGCCAUUUUUUGAUUCUUGUGAUUUGUUUUUAACUUUGAGGAUACAGGUGAAGUAUAUGGUAUUGCAUCAAUUCACAGAAAAGUUUUAAGAGAGACUGACUCCUGGUAUCUUGACAAUGAUUGAGCAAUUUGCUUAUCUUGCACUCUACCCUCUAACCCGAGACAAAAACCAAACUCAACCUUGCUUAUCUAAACAUCACUGAAGCUCAGUUAGUAGCAAAACCUAAUAAAGCAUACUACAGUCAUAUAAAAAAUAUUUUUGCUUUUAAAAGUACACGUGAAAUGUUAUUUAACUGAGUACUCACUGUUUAACAAUUUCAUCUGGUGCGCGUAUGUUUGCACAAUAACAAGCUGUGCUCAGCAGCCACUGAAGUCAGUGGGUGUCAGCUCAUGCUCAUAGGUUUUGGAGCAGAUUAUAAAGCUAGCUUUAAUUAUGUAAAUUCUAAUACUUACCUAACAGUCAUUCUUUAGCUUACGUAGAAGAUACUUGUAUUCCAUAUCUGAGCCUUCAAACACUUAAGAUAGUAGGACCAUUAUGCAAACAGUCCCUUUGAAUUCUCACCAUGUGCAAAUACAGAGAUAAAAAUCAUCAGUAGGAACAGCAGAUGUGCUUCAUUCUCAGCAAGAAAACAUGUUCCAGUGUGUAUCAAAGAUGACAAGAUGAUGAUAUUUUUUCAGCAAAAAAAUAUGGUAAUAUUUAUUCAUGUAAUUUGAGUUUUGGAAGGCUUAACUGAAUUCAUUAUAAAUAUGAAAGGCAAACUUCAGUAUUUUUCUGCAAAGCAUCCAUAAUC